AAAUCCUGUGAUUGGCCGCGGUAAAGGUCGGAUGACCGUUCGUAAUUUCUUAGUUAUUGCGUUUGACAUAUCAGCGUGUUUUAUUAUUUUAAUGAAUGUGUUUAUUUAAUGAAAAUAAAUAUUUUACAUAUAAUAUGUUAUAAUGGCAGAUCCCGAGGUAUGGUCUUCGACUCAGGACAACGAUUUUUCUAGUUUUCAGUCAAAUGACAGCUUCAAUUUAAAUGAGGUGUCUGGUAUCGAUGACCUUCUUACAAACUGUGAGAGUGAAUUAUUGAAAAAUGAAAAUUUAUUUAGUGAUGAUGCAUUGCUCUCCCAAUUGGAAGAACCUCUGGGAAUGGACACAGAGGGAUUAGAUUUCUUAAAUUUUAAUAGCAGCGAAGAUUUUAAGGACUUUCAAGAUUUCAAGGAUCCAAAUAUUAUUAAAUCUUUACCUAAUGGAAAUGUAAUGUUGACUCCCACAAUAACAGAAAAUAGACAGCAAGUUGCAUAUGUAUCUCAACAACAGCCUCAACAACAACAACAACAAAAACAGAGACAACAACAGUCACAGAUACAAGAUGUUACAUCAACAUCUGUACAAAGUAGACAACAAACAAUAUCUGUUACACCAGCAUCUACAGUAUUCAGUUCACAAUAUGCUAUUCCACAAAAUGUAAACUUCAGUGUUCAAUCACCUGUUGUAACAAUAGCACCAGUGACCCAACCAAGGCAGUUGCUUCUACCAGCUAAACUUAUAAAGUCAGAAUCAGUUGUUUAUUCUAGAGGAUCACAGGCUGUUAACUCUACAUCUGUACCUCAUCAAAUACAUACAUUAGUAAACACUGCUAAUGGAACAGUUUUAACUACUGGUAUCCCUGUUGUAUUGGACACUGAUAAAGUACAAAUCAAUCGUUUAAAUACAAAUGCGCAUGUAGGUGUUCCAAGAGUGAAAGAAGUAAAACGAAGUGCACAUAAUGCUAUAGAGAGACGUUAUAGAACAUCAAUUAAUGAUAAAAUCAUUGAAUUGAAGAAUAUCAUUGUCGGAGUAGACGCUAAAUUAAAUAAAUCCGCAAUUUUAAGAAAGACUAUCGAUUAUAUAAGAUUUCUUCAGAACUCAAAUGCAAAAUUGAAAGCAGAAAAUAUGUCGUUAAAAAUGACUGCACAGAAACAAAAUUUGCGAGAUUUAUUGGUAUGUGGGGAAUUGACGCCACCCAGGUCAGAUUCAAGCGAACCGUCUUUGUCUCCUGCACCAGCGCCAUUAUCUCCACCAUCUCCAUCAUCCAUAAAAGAUGAACCUGAUGUUUUACAAAAUAUUCGCACAACGCCUGUCCUUCCAAGUGGUGGAAUGCGAGAUCAUACAAGACUUACGCUCUGCGGGUUUAUGCUUCUUUUCCUAGCAUUCAAUCCUUUAGGUCUUAUUGUAAAUAAUGUUGGAAGAUUCAAAUCUGAUCAUGUAAAUACUAAAUUGGAUGGACGUACGAUCCUUAAUUAUCAAGAUCAAUCAGAAUUCGAAAAUCCAAUUUGGAGCAAUGUAUUUUUAUGGUUAACAAAUAUUAUACUUUUAAUCGGCGGAGUUUGUAGAUUGUUACUUUAUGGCGAUCCGAUACUACCAUCCGAUAGUAAAGUUUUUCUUGAACUUCAUCGGUGGAGAUGUCAAGCGGAAUUUAAUAUAUCUAAAGGCGAAUAUGGUCAAGCAUAUCGCGAUUUACAUCAAUGUUUGCAAUACUUUGGUCGUCCGUAUCCAUCAUCGCGUAUGGAAGCUUUGCUCGCAACUGUCUGGCAAAUUAUAAGGCAACUGCUUCACAAGUUGUGGAUUGGAAAAUGGAUCUUGUACACUCAUAAAUGGUUUUCCGAGAAAACGACGCGACAACAAGCAGAACUAUCUGCCAUGGAAAUAGCUAUUAUCUAUCAGCAUAUGCUUUGUUUGCGUAUGUCGGAAGGAUCGAAGAAUGGAAUGUUGUAUCUUGCUCUUUCUGCGGUCAAUUACGCAGAAGUCUCUGGCGAAACCAUGCCAAAACCACUGUUAGCAGAAAUAUAUAUAAAUGCUGCACUGUGUUUCAAACAGUCGCUUUAUCCGUUUAUUCAUAAAUAUUACUUCGGCAAAGCGCGCACGAUACUGUCGUCGUGUGCAGUUCCGCCAAAGUUAAAAUGGAUUAUGAGCGACGAGGGUGCCAAAUUCUUGGCAUUCCAGAAAUGGCAAUACGGAGACCAGCCAGAUAAUGAAUUUUCAUCUCAAAGUAGCAAAGCGGAUCCUUUGUCUUAUGCGUCACGGGCGUACAGAGAUUACUUAAUUGGACACUGUUUGCGUAUUUUAACCGGAACUGCAGGAGAUGCUCACUUAUCUUUAAUACUAGAAUAUGGACAAACCAUCAUGGCUUCAGCUGGAGUAGAUGCUGGUUUUUCAUGUACUGACAAAAUUACUGUUACUCAUUGCGAGGAUGAAAUUGGAUUAUGGUGGGGAGCAGUUAUGUAUGUAGCAGCAUGCUGGAGACUGAGAGAAGAUGAUUCACAGGCUUGGAGUAUCAUUGAAAGCAAAUUCCCUUAUGAAAAAAAUUACCAACUCUGUAAUAACAAUAAUAGUAUCAGUCCAUUGCCAUACAUUGUAUUGAAUGCUUUACAAGCAGCGAAAGCUACGACUAAAUCGGCUUCCAUGCGUUUUAUCGAUCAGACGGGAGUAUUGCUGGAACAAUGCUUGGUUUAUUAUAAUUGCAAACAACAAUCGUCGCAGAACGUGUUGCUCACUCAGUUGUGGAUUUGUGAUUGGUUACUUGACAUGAGAACUACACUCUGGCAAGAAUUAGACAGUGACAUAGAAAGACCAAAUACAAGUAUACCUCUAGGCGGUUUUCAACGUGAUUUAGCUUGUUUGAGGCAGUUAUGUCAACAUAUUCCAUCUACAUUAGCACGAGUAUUUCUUUACGAAGCCACAGCGCGUAUAAUGGCAGGAGCGACACCAGUGAAAACUCAAGUACUGCUAGAUCGCAGUUUGCACCACAGAAAUUCACGUCCUUCUAUUAUUUGUGGAAAAGAUCGUUCACAGGAUCAGUACAGCGGAGAACGAGAACACGCUGUAGCUUUGUGUCUAGCUUGCCGCCAUUUACCUGCAUUAUUAUUGGCUUCCCCCGGAGAACGUGCCGGUAUGCUCGCAGAAGCUGCAAAAACCCUCGAAAGAGUGGGCGAUCGAAAAAGACUUCAAGAAUGUUAUAAAUUAAUGCGACAAUUAGGUCCUGCUAUUUCUGUCAACUGAUAUAUCGAAUAAAACAAUAUCUCCGUAUGUACAUAAAAA